AUGGAUUUCAUCAAGACCAGUUCCCUGCGUGCUCUGAUUGAGUUAACUUUCCAACGCAACUGGAACGGCCUCAUUUGGAUGAGUAGAAAAGGAGUUACAACCAAAAGAGUGAAGACUGUCCAGACGGCUCUAUCGAGAACAGCGCCAAGCGCAGCGGCUGGCCGAGAAACGAAUGUUUCGCGCUCGGCCAAAAUCGUAUCCGUCCGUCUGAAGUCUCGGCCAAAGUUCAAACCACCGGCCGACGCAUCACGACCCGGGAAGCAAUGUCCCGUGGUCUUUUGGAGCAUUCUGGAGCAUAUGGGACAUGAGGAGCAUGGAGGGACUUGGCACAUGGACGCAGCUCAACUGGAUACGCAAAGGAAGAAGGGAGAAGCCAUCUUGAAGACCAGCUCGACCGUCUACUCGACCAACCGGCCAAGCUUCAACUCGAUCGAGCUGAGAAGUCAACAGUCAAACCCGAAAAAUGUUGCUUCCCCCUUGACUUUCCUUUGA